CCUCUAUCCCAUUCCUGCUCUCCUCAAGGCUCUCAAGAUGUCGUGACAUCUGUAGAUACCUUCACGCGCGUCGCUGAUAGUCGUCCGACCUGUUGAUGUCGUCGAUGGCAAUUGGCGCCUCCUUUGCUCCAUUGACCCAUCUCCAGCGUCGCGACUUUCAUCGCGCCUGGCCUCGACCUCGCGUGUGGUCAUCUCACUGGGACCCUCGAGGCCUUGUAUGGAGUCUUUGUUACAGUAUUGUAUAGCUGACGUCUUGUCGCAACCGCAGAUGGGUAGCUCCACCUCCUUCCCACAGACAUGAGCUCCUGGAUGAACGACGCCGCCGUCCAAAAUCAACAUGCCGCUGGCUUCAACCAUCUCGACCCCAAUGCCGGUGGAGCCAUGCUCGACCCUAAUGCUUUUAUGAACAACCCAUCGUCCUUCGAUCCAUCCCAAUUCCAAAACCAACAGCUACAACAGCGGAUGCAGAAUGGUGGAAUGCGCGGCAAUGGCUCGCCCGCCUUCAAUGCUCCUGUAUAUCAAACCAACCCUGUUGUUCCAUCAAAACGACCUCGGCCAAGAGAGGAUAGCUUAGGCACAUCACCACGUCAAGCGCCCGGUAUGCUUCCUAAUUCACGCUCGCAGACUCCCCAGCAAAACCCCUAUCCUGGCUUCCAGCAGAACAAUGUUCCUCCACAACAUGCGCCUCAGCAGACCCCUUAUUCCCAUCUGCAGAAUGGCUCUACCAAUGCUAGCCCGUCGCCCAUUAUGGGUAACCAGCUUCGUCCUGGUGGUGUUCCUCAACGAGUCUCUACAGCUUCUCCACAUCCAUUCUCUCCUGCCGCACAGCAAUUUCCUCAGGCCUCUCCUUCCCAAUCUGAACAUGGCAGUCGAGUAGACACACCUCAGAACAGCAAUCCUUACUCACAGAACCCUGGUUUCCCCCAAGGAUACAAUCAGAACUUCACACCCCCAUCUGGCCGAACUUCAGCUCCUCCUCAAAGUGGCAUGUCAACACCACAAAUGCCACAACCUCACAUGCAGCAACAGCAGCAAUCGCAAAUGUUUCCACAAGGCCAGCAACCUACCCAGGGGGCUCAGCAGCGACAACCAACCAAUUUAGAACAGCAGAAACUGCUGUAUCAGAUGCAACUUCAACAGCAAUUGCAGCAGCGCAAUAUGAUCAAUGCACAACGUGGGAACAUGCCCCAAGGCGCCAAUCCUAUGGCCAAAGGUCCAAUGCAAGGUCCGAAUGGACAGAUGGCUGGCAUGCGACCUCAACAACCGUCUGCUCAGGGUCGGCCGAAUGCAAAUGCAGAUAGCUUCAUGAAGAAUCUUGUGACCUUUAUGCAGCAAAGGAAUCUACCUCUGGACAUGAAUCCACUUGUGGGUGACCGUCAGAUAUCCUUAAUACAGUUGUAUAUGGCGGUAGUCAAAUUCGGGGGAUAUAAGAGGGUGACAGCACAGAAUGGCUGGGGACAAGUCGCACAGUCACUGCAAUUCAAUCCGAUGCAGCAGCAAGCCGCGCCACAUCAGUUGAGAGCACACUACGAGCGUAACCUCCACAUGUUCGAAGAAGCUUGGGCGAACCAACAAAGGCAAAAGGCAGCUAUGAUGCAGCAAAAUCCCAAUAUCGCCGGUCCUCAAAUGUCACCCACGAAGCAGAUGAAUCCUCAAGCUAUGCAGCCGUCGCAAGCGUUCAUGCAACAACAGCAGCUAUUGGGACAACAACAACAAGCUCAACAGUCCACGCCUGUCAAACAGAUGCAUCAUCCUCAACAGCCAGCUGUCAAUGGCUUCUCUACACCUCAACCACAAGGCCAACCACAAGGCCAACCACAUCAGAUAGGAUCCCAGAGUCAUGCACGCAACAGUCUUUCAAGAAGUAUGGAUGCUACUCCACCUCAAAAUGGGGCAUCAUUUCCUAUACCCUCACCAAUAUCGGCGAGCAAGGCAGGUGGUCUUGUCACACCGUCACCUCAUGUCGAUGCAGCUACUAGGACAGGUGUAUCUCAAGUCACUACACGGGAAUUCUACCUGCCGGAUGAACUGAUUCCAAAAACGCGUAUGUUGGAUACAUAUGGCGGCUUUGAGCUUGAAUCUUUGGCGGCGUUGGGGGAAAAGUUGAUGGGCAUCAGACCUGUCGAUCCGGAAUUAAUAGAUAUCGGCAUCAUCGACAUUCAUGCUCUGACGAUGAGCUUACAAUCUGGCCUACAUUCAGAAGUGCGGUUAGCGUUGGAUGUCUUGACAAAAAUCUCGUUGGAGUCGCGAUUGCAAGUGGAUCUACGAGCCUGCGAAGACCUUGUAGAAACGCUUAUAGAUUGCGCCGAAAUGCAGGUCGAGAUGUUAGCUGAGAAUACUGCAGAAGUGUCGGACGUGAUGCUCAUCACAUCCUACGAGGACGUCGUACGUGCAUGCCGAAGCGAUCAAGAUCUUCUGCAAGAUAUCCCAUCUUACAACACCCUUGACUACGAUCUCGACCGCGCCGUUGACAAAUUGGUGUGCAUUACUACAAUCUUGAGGAACUUCUCCUUCUACGAGACAAAUCAUCCUGCUCUCGCCGACGAGUUGGUUAUCAAGUUUUUGUGUGUCGUUAUACGGUAUCUAGGUACUCGAAACAUGCUUCUUAGGACGAAUCAGAAUACCUUGGACUUCAUGAAAGAUGUUAUUAUCUUUCUUUCGAACUUAGCUCAGACCAUCGAGUUACCCGGGCGCGAACAAGCAUUAUGUCUUCUGCAUUUCUUAUUGGCUUUUGCUCCAUGCCCUCCACCCAAUAACGUGGGAUCUGAAGCUGUCACAUUUUCGUCCUACGAUCCAGCUCUUCAUCGUUAUCUACCUCCUGCUGUUGACGGACUUGCAAAAUUGCUUGCUAGAGACGAGCCCAAUCGGACACAUUACAAAACAAUAUUCGCCUCAGAUGUCGCGUCUACCCCGCCCUUUGAUCUCUUGACUAGGACAUUCGCACUCGCUAUCUCUGGAAUCCCAGACGAAAAGCAAGACUCGAAACGAGGCAACCUGAUAACCAUUGUUGAGUCUCGGAAACCUUUCUUAAUGCAGGGAAUGCUAGCAGCAGAGAUCCUAUCUAACCUAGCUCCGGGCUACGAAACUGGAGUUGCGAAAUCCUGGCUGACGUCUGAGGAUGGCUUUUCCCAAAAUCUAUGUCGACUGAUCUUAUUAUUAUGUAUGGAGACUUCACCACCAGCGCCUCCGAGGGGGCAAGUUCCAAAAGGUGUCGAGGAUGAAGCAAUACUUCACAUUACCAUGGGUGGCAUUGCAGUCUUGCGUCGUCUAGCAGAGAAGUCCCGAGAUCCGGAAGAUCCAAAUUCCAAUAUACCCCUCUCUGGACUUCUUGCGAAAGAGCGACUCUUGGAAGCUCUCAGAAUAGGACAACCAAGGGUGAGGCCGGUUUUAAAACAAUUGUGUGCAUACGCAGGACUGGGCACAUAGGCGCGAGAAUUUCUUACCUCAUUGUACCACAUUCCAUAGACGCAUCAAUGACACUUAGCAGCGAGUGGAGUUGGCGUUCACGAAGUGAUAUAUGUUUAUCUAGCAUGGCUUUAAUUGCCUGAUGACCUUUUUCUUUGGUUGGAAUGAUUUAGGUGUUAUUGUUGUACAGGUUGUAUUCUGGCUUCGGGACUUUUUCUCCUGGCUGAGUAUCGAGAGAAAGGAAAUGGUG